AUGGUCGCAGUCGACUCUCCCUACCUUAAACUGAUGCCGUCCUUUCAGUUUCGCUACUUGCUGCUGUCAACAUUACUGUACUUGCCUCGUUAUUCUACCUCACUUUCCUUCAACUUCGAUUUCUCCCAACCGGGAGGUCAUAACGCCGCAAACUUCAGCUUCGACGGCGAUGCAUACUUCCACUCCCAGGUGAUCGAGCUAACAAGGAAUGACAGGAACCAAGGCUUGGACAACAGCGUAGGCCGGGCGUCGUACGCUCAGCCUGUGCCCAUCUGGGACGAGGAUUCCGGCGAGGUCGCGAGCUUCACCACCACGUUCUCCUUCAAAAUCCUCCGAGACAACCAAAACAACAUCACCGCUGGCGACGGUAUGGCCUUCUUCCUCGGGCAUUACCCGUCGAGCAUCCCAACCGAUAGUGGUGGCGGUGGUCUCGGCCUCUUCAGCUGGGGCGAAAACAGCACGAACGCGACGGGGGAUAAUAGGGUCGUGAGCUACGGCAACAGCACAAAACGUCUCACUGCUGACCUCCAGAUUGGCGACGCGACCUACCACGUCGAAACUAGGGCUGACCUCAGGUUACUCUUGUCGAGCAUGGUGGCAAUUGGCUUCUCGGGAGCUACUGGUGUGGCUGUCGAGCUACACCAGGUUCUGGCAUGGUCAUUUUACUCCACACUGGAUAGAGCCCCUGCUCCACCUUCAUCAUCAGCUUCACCUUCACCUGAUAAUAAUGGUAAUCGUCGUGGAGGUUUCUCCUCGAAGGUUCCAUGGAAGAUAGUUGGAGCAGUAAUCGGAGUAGUUGCUGUAGCGGUAGUUGCCUUGUGUGCUCUCCUAGUAUGUCUGCGGAAGCCGUGUGCAGGAAAGAAGCCAGCUUCAAAUGACAAACUAGAUGAUGAGCAACCAGAAACACCAACUAGUUUAGACAAGGCUCCUACUAACGUUCCCAGGCCUUUCAGUUACCGUGAGCUGGCCAAGGCGACAAACAACUUUUCAGUGCAAACUAAUAAGCUCGGGGAAGGGGGCUACGCCGUCGUCUACAAGGGCCAACUGAAGAACCCAGACCGAUUUGUGGCCAUAAAAAACUUCAAACUAGGAAAAUCUGCCACUGACAGGAGGAAGGCAUUCGAAGAUGAAAUCAAGGAUAUCGUGUCACUUGUUUACGAGCUUGUUUCAGAAGGUAGCCUCCACGACCAUUUGCACAAGGGAAGGAGUUGGUUGCCAUGGUCCAGAAGGUAUCAAAUCAUCCUCGACCUCGGGUGUGCUCUACGGUAUCUACAUGGAGAAUGCACGGGCUGCAUCUUACAUGGUGACAUAUCAGCAUCUAACAUAUUGCUUGAUUCACAGUAUGUUGCGAAAUUAGCUGACUUCGGGUUGGCGAGGUUGAUGGACCAUGCGAUCGAGCUGAAAACGACAUGUAAUGUAGCCGGAACGCCAGGCUACAUAGAUCCAGAUUUUAUAAACAUUGGGAAGCGGAGCAGGGAGUCAGAUGUCUAUGGCUUUGGCAUUGUUCUACUAGAGACAGUCACCGGCCGGAGCCCUGCUGCUGCUGCCGUCGAUCCCACUACCGUCUCCCCUUUGCUAAAAUGGGUAUGGGGGAUGAAGAACAGCGGCGCAGUCCUUGAAGCAUCAGAUCCGAGGCUCAAGCAUGACUCUACGAGAGAUGAACAAGAACAGAUGGAGCGCGUGAUACAGGUCGCGCUCUGGUGCGCACACACCGAUCCAGCUCAGAGACCAUCCAUCAAAGAAGCCAUGAGGGCCUUGGAGUCCACGAACAUGGCGAUCCCUCCUUUGCCACUGCCGGGAUUCAUGCAUGGGCCAUCAAACAUUGCUGAUGAUGACAUGUCAUGUGAGACCUCAGAUAGCGUUGUAUCAUCUGCUGCAAGCCGGGCUUAG